GUGUGUUUCAUGUUUGACCAGCUGUCACUUUGUUACUCAGGAUAAUAAACAUUCCAUUUAGAAUUAUCAUAUCACGUCAUAUGCCCCAUGGGGUUUACAAAUGAUCCAAUAUAUAAUGUCAAAAUGUUGUUCUCAUCGUCGUAUAAAUCGACUUAUAUGGCAUCAAGGAGGCAUAUUAGCACUUACAUAUUUAGCAUAUACCUGUUACCACAUGACAAGGAAACCUAUAUCUGUGGUUAAAAAUGUAUUAAGUCUUAAUUGUAGCCGCGUAUCACCACCACCUGAUAUUAUAAUUAAUGAUACCAAUCGAGAUACAUGGUGUGAUUGGGCUCCAUUUGACAAAUCAGAUGCUCCAGCAUUACUCGGUAUGUUGGAUUCAGCAUUCCUAUUUGCAUACGCAGCUGCUAUGUUUCUCAGUGGUUUUAUUGCUGAGCGUGUUAAUCUGCGUUAUUUUCUUUCCUUUGGUAUGCUAGCAUCUGGUAUUUCUUGUUAUUUAUUUGGAAUUGCUAGACCGUAUAAGAUACAUAACUUAUGGUAUUUUAUUUUGAUUCAGGCUGCGGGUGGAGUAUUUCAAACUUCUGGUUGGCCAGGUGUAGUAACAGUUGUGGGAAAUUGGUUUGGAAGAGGAAAACGAGGCUUAAUUUUUGGAAUAUGGAAUUCUCAUACAUCUUUAGGAAAUAUAUUGGGCACUUUACUUGCAGCUAAUUUUGUUGAAUCUAACUGGGGUUUAAGUUUCAUGAUACCAGGAACAAUAAUGGGAGUGGCAGGAUUUAUUAUUUUUUUAUUCCUAGCACCUGCACCUAUUGAUGUAGGUUGUUUUCCUCCUAAUUCAUUUGGAUAUAGAAAACUAGAUGCAACUAACAGUUCAGAUGAAGAUAUUGGAGAUAUCGAAGAAUCUCGUACUAUCGGAGAAGAUCGUGUCAUCUAUCGCUGUGUCUACCGUGAACAAAACGUUACUAAUGAUUCAGCAAGUUUAAGAUCAGAAACAAGUCCAAUAUUAUCAACAAAUAGACGUUUCUACAAUCAUACCAAAGAGAAUGCUAUUGGAUUUGUUGAAGCUGCACAAAUACCCGGUGUACUUGAAUAUUCCUUUUCAUUAUUCUUUGCAAAACUUGUAAGCUACACAUUGCUUUACUGGUUGCCGCUGUAUAUUGCAGUUUCAAGUACAUACAGCACAACAUUAAGUGCAUGUUUAUCAGCAUUAUUUGAUGUAGGAGGUAUUGCGGGUGCAAUAAUUGCUGGCGUUAUAUCAGACUACAGUGGAAUGAGUGCUUUAACAUGUUCUAUAAUGCUUGGACUUGCAAUUCCAACGUUAUUUAUUUAUGAUUGUUUGGAAAGUAUGAGUUUAGGUGUCAGUAUACUAUUAUUGUUAAUAACAGGAUUGUUAGUCAAUGGACCAUAUGCUUUAAUAACAACUGCAGUAUCUGCUGAAUUAGGAACUCAUCCUAGUUUAGGGGAUAGUUCUAAAGCUUUAGCAACAGUUACUGCAAUUAUUGAUGGAACAGGCAGUAUCGGUGCUGCGGUUGGUCCAUUAUUAACAGGAUUUGUUUCACAAUGGGCAGGAUGGCAUAAUGUUUUUUAUAUGCUUAUGUCUGCAAACAUGUUAGCUCUACUUUUUUUAUCCAGAUUAGUUUAUAAAGAUAUACGAUUAUAUGCACAGAGACGAAGGGCAGUAUAAAUGAGGUGUAUCUUUUGAUUAAGAUACAAGAAAGUGUUUAAAAAUGAAAAUGGAUGUAUUAUUAUAUGUACAUACUUACAAAAUUACUCAAUAUUCAUUGAAAUAUUGAUCAUUACCGUAAAAUAAAUGAUAUAUUUUUACAA